ACCUUGUCUGCUGCUGCAGCAACAAACCAGCAGCACAUACCUCCACUUGAACAUUCUCCGUCUCCUCUUCUCGCUGCACCUCUCUCUGACUGUGUCUCUUUACAAACCCGUUGUGUCGACAUUAAGGUGUUACCGUUCUUAGCAGAUAUGCCUGUCAAAUUGUUUUUUACCAGCGUGAGCAGCAACUUGGAGAUAAAGAAACAUCAGCAGAAAAUCGAAAUGAUCUUGGACUCCCUGAAGAUCCCUUAUGAAAAUGUUGACAUUUCUCAAAAAGAGGAAAAUAAGGUGGAAAUGAGGAGGAUUGCAGGGAACCCGGUCGCACUGCCACCUCAAAUAUGCAACGGUGACAUCUACUGUGGAGACUUCAAGGCUUUUGAAGAAGCAGUGGAGAGUGAAGAACUACAUAAAUUUCUUAAAGUGUGACGGAUAUGGGAUCAACCACAUCACCUUGCACACCGAAAUAUCUACCGAUCAAUUUGAAGAAACAUAAAAUAUGACCCAUAAAGUCAUAUAUUCACAUUUAUAUGAGGACAGAUGUUGUGUUUGGUCUGAACUAUGAGUUCAAGAAUAUGUAAAUGAAAAAUGCAUUUUUAAUUUGGGUGAUUAAAUUAAAUCUCGGAA